CGUAAAGUUGUCGUCAUUAGUAGUCGCACAGUCAUCGUCGUCGUAGUCGUCGUUAAAUUUUUUUAUGAAAAUUUUCGAAGAGAUUAUUUUUCUUUUUUUCUUUUUUUGGAAUUAUUACUCAUUAUGAUGGCCUAUCUAUCGUAUUGUUCUUCUUGUGACAUACCUAGAACACAUGACUUUCGAUUGACCAUCUCGAAAACAGAUUGAUACGUCCAUACAUAUGUAUGUCGGAUAGUCCGUUGUGUGAAUGACUCACAAUUAAAUAGAUACGAACGAUUGUGUUGUGUGAUCAAGACCACGUAUGUUCUAUACAUAAUUAGAACUGGAUGAGUACAAUGAAAGAACAAGCUGGGCCUUCCAGGCCUUCCGGGUCUGCUACGGAAGAAAAAGAAAAGGAUGAUAGAAUGUUUGAAUGUAAUAUUUGUCUCGAUACAGCCAAGGAUGCAGUUGUUAGCAUGUGUGGACAUUUAUUUUGUUGGCCUUGUUUACAUCAGUGGCUAGAAACGCGUCCAACACGACAAGUAUGUCCAGUUUGCAAAGCUGCUAUUAGCAAAGAGAAAGUCAUUCCAUUGUAUGGACGUGGAGCAACAAAACAUGAAGAUCCAAGAAAUAAUGUUCCACCUCGUCCGGCUGGACAAAGAUCGGAACCCGAAACCAAUUUAGGAUUUUCUGGAUUUGGAUUUGGUGAUGGUUCAUAUAUGUCUUUUGGCAUUGGAACAUUUCCAUUUGCAUUUUUCACAUCAACAUUUAAUUUUGGAGAGACCCGACCAAGUGCUGCUCCACGAGGCACUCCACAAUAUGAAGAAGAGCAUUUCUUAUCUAAGAUAUUUCUAUGGUUAUCAAUGAUAUUCAUUUGCUGGCUGUUAAUGGCAUAACACUUUUUUAAGUCCCGUUGUAUGUCUCGUAAUUUUUAAUAUUAUUCGGUCAGUCCAUUAUACGUGUGCUCAUACAUAAUUUUCCCCUAUUUGUAAUAAUCUUUGUUAAUCGUAUUAUAACUAUACCCCUGCUUGGAUAAAUAAAUAUAUAAAUAGCUACUUUAUUAUCUUUUCAUUUUUUUUUGUUUCUUUCUUUUUUUUUUUUUUUUUUUUGUUUUUAUACUUGAUGACACACGUUGCUCAAAAUUUUUUUUUUUUUUUUUCAAAUUAUCCAAGCUUGACUCUACUAUUUUGUCUACUAUUUUAAUUGUUUUGAAAGUUUAUUAUAUACAUGUGUAUAUGUAAUUAUUACUAAUUUGCAAAAUAUUAUUUGACGUUAUCUAUUAUAGAAAGUAUUCUGAGUGUGCUUUUGGCAUCGACAUGUGGUAUAUGCGCGUUUAACAUUAAAUAAAUUCUGUUGCAUUAAAUGCAACAUAGACAAAAGUACUAUCAUAGUAGUACAUUCCGAGUACAUGCCUUUCUUAUCUUUUUUUUUUUUUUUU